AUGUAUGCGUACUAUCGCUCCACUUGCUUCAGCACUCACAUACAGCACAUUCUUCGAGGAGAUAUAUCCAACAGAGAUGAGUCUGAUAUUGUGCUGGUCAAGGGAGGCUCAUUAGAAUGGCUCACUGUACAUCAAGUAACCGAGUCCAACCCUAACAUACUUCAAAGCCAAUUAGAGCAAUCUACAUUUGGCAUCAUCAAUGACGCUAAAUUAUUGCCGAUGGAGUAUGAGGAGGAUGACAGCAACAGCAGCAUCAGUGGAUCCAUUAUGGAGCAAGACCACGAACCAGCAGUAGAAUAUCAAGAGAUGAGCUACUCCAAAAAGACCAGAAACCACUCCAGAAUUCAAGGCAACGAUAUCAUUGUAGCGCUUUCAGAGUACGGCAAACUAGUGUUCAUGACCAUCAUCCAGGACGCUAUGACAAGGAGAUUCGAGACAUUGGCAGAAGUGUAUUUAGAUAGCCCCGGAUUAGAGUACACCAAAAAGGGCAAGAAAUUGGCUAUUGAUCCAUGCGGAAGAGCGAUUGCGAUUGCUUCGUUUCAGGAUCAUUUCGACAUUUUGAUAUUGGAUAAAACGACAUCGAGGAUCCACUUUGAUCCCAUUAUUGGUCGUGGAUCAGAGUUUGAGGAAGGCAUCAUUUGGCAGAUGGAAUUUUUGCACACAGAAUCUGACUCAAUGGAUAAGAUUCUACUGGUGUUGGUGGUUUACAAUGAUGUAGAACGAUUAUGUAGAUUGGUGCUGUACUCCAUUGACGCAUCCGAUAUGAAGAACGUUACCAUUGAAAAGAUCAGCCGGUUGCCUCUUGAGAAAAAUACCCCCUUACCUUUAUUAUUAAUACCAUUGACAUUUCAGACUGAGGCAUUCUUGUUGGUCACAGAACAAAAUGUAUCUUAUUUAAAAGCAGAUGAUCUCGCUUGUGGGAAUGUCCUCUAUCCAACAAGCCAAAUCCCGAGAAAACCUAGAAGUCUAGAGUGUCCAUUAUUCACAGCUUAUGCUGCUAUGCUGAACAAGUAUGAGCGACAUAUCUAUCUAGGUUCGUCAGAAGGACAUUUAUAUAGACUUGGCGUGGAUGUUUGGGGAGAAAGAGAGGUAAAUAUUGAUUGGCAACCUUUGGAUUCGACAAGCCCCAUCAGUCAAGCGAUGUGUGUGCUGGGAAGAAUGGAUGUUGAGGAACCAAGAGGCUUUCGCAGCACAGAUGUGCUGUUUUGUGCAGGCGAAAGUGCAGAUAAUCAAGUGUUAGCCAUGUGUACAUCAACACUGCCAUUCAGAAGAGACGUGGUUCAAAAUAUCGUCAAUAGGGCACCACUGACAGACUACCAAGUAGCCAAGGACUUUCUUGGGGAUCAGGAUGCCGUUAUUACAUGCUCAGGGCAGGACCUUCAUGGUGCAUUAUCUAUUGUUACACAUGGCAUUGAGGCAUCUCACAUUGUGCAAUCUUCUAAAUAUGAAUGGAAAGGUGUGUCUCGUGUAUGGCAUGUAACAGCGUCAGUAUCCAUGAAAGAACAUGUGCCAUGUUUGGUGGUAUCUUCCUUGUUAGACACAAGAUUACUGUGCACUAAAGAUGGGCACAUCAAGGACAUCACAUCAUUAUCCAACAUUGAGUUCAACACAGAAACAGUGUAUGCGACAUCCAUUACAAUCAACAAUUACAAUCUGUUGCUUCAAGUGCAUGUGGCUGGAUUUUCAGUAAUUGAUGUUGGAUCAAAGGAGGUGUUGCUCGACUCUUCACCGUUGAUUGGAUCAGAUGAUCGAAUUGAGAUGGCUACUUGCUGGCAAGUGGGUGAUGCUGUCUAUGUAGCAUUCUGUAUGAUACGUAACAACUCUUUCUCGCUGGAACUUGUACAUAUCGCCACGCACUCUACGAGCUCUUUCUCAUUAUCAGACAAACAAAUUGCAUCAGAACCGUUGCCAUAUUGUCCCAGCUGUUUGGAGUGCUUUAGCAUUGGGUCAAAAGCGUCGCUCGUGGUGGGCACCUUCCAACCGUCCAUAUUGAUUUAUACUGUAGAGAGCGAGUCGCUUGAACAGGUCCAACAAGUAGAUCUUUCGCUACAAGAACCAGGACCAUUCACAGUACCUUACUCAGCAGUCGUUAUAUCCUCUUGGCUAGUGUGUGGAUUACGACAAGGCUCAAUACUAUGCAUGCCUAUCAACUUUGAUCAAGAGUGCAUUCACUUGGAGAAUCAAGAAUUGCAGAUUUUUCGUGUGGGUCAAUCUGCUGUAGAUUUAGUGCCUUGCGAAGACGGUAUUUACGCACUGUCUGGCCAGUUGUGGAAAAUAUCGUGCAAUGUGGAUGAAAACAUGCACCUGGAUCGUGUGUUGGUAUCCAAUUUUGACUUUAUCAAUGCAUUCUGUCUCUUCGACUGUGGAUUGCCCACCUUGUACGGUGAACGUAUUGCGCUGAUAGCAGAGGAUAAGCUGCAUAUAUUUGCUCUCAGCCCUGAUACACAGUUGAGUACACGCAAAAUCGAGCUCAAAGAUACUCCUCGCAAGAUCGUUUACGAUAAAUCGCUUGGUUAUCUCAUUGCUAUUACUACACGCAUGGAAAACGGUGAUCGCAAGAACUUUAUUCGUCUUGUGGAUCUCGCAAGCGGCCAUAUCCUGACAGAUAAUCAAUUGCUUUGGACAAACACGGACUAUGGACGUAGUGACAUGGUUCUUUCAGCAACUGAAUGGUCUGUGCAAAACAAGCACAAAACUUACAAAUACCUCUGUGUUGGCCUUGGACAUCCCAAAGAGCCCUUUCAUUCAUUUCGAUCUGGCAUGUCUGCACGCGUGUCAAAAGCUUUGAUGGACAGAGGCACUCUGCUGUUAUUCCGUUUAAAGAAUAACAACAAGUUUCCAUUGAAACGGGUGUGGGAUCAAGAAAAGUUGCCCGGUGGUGUCUUUGCCAUCUGUCCACAUUCAGCUGGGCUUUUAUUCUCUGCUGGUAGUCAUUUGUAUCUGUAUCGGCUGGACCCCGUCACUGGCCGUUUAGUGCAAGUCGCACACAAAGCACUGCAGUAUCUCAUCACUUCCAUUCAUGAGGAAGGGGGCCGUAUUUGCGUCACAUUUCACAAUGAUUCAGUGUCCUUUUAUGAAUUUGACCAUUCAUCGAAGACCUAUGACUUUUUGAAGAGUGAUGUUGUAUCACGAAGCAUUCAUCACUCGCUGAUGCUCAACAACAGGUUGGCUGUGGGUGUCAGUCAAUCCGGUGGCAUGGUGGCUUUAUUCGACGAUCCCGAUGACAGAUCCUUUGAACGUCGGUUGAAAUGCCUGUUCAACUUUCAUUAUGCUGAUAUCAUUGUCAAACCCAAAUUGGCCACAUUACGCACUCAAACCAACGUACCAUCCUACAUAUUACCCUGGAACCAGGAUGCAGCAGCUGUGAAACCCAUUGUUGGAUGCACAGUAUCGGGUGGCAUGAUCCAUGUGUUCAGAAUCUCAGAACCACUCUACCAACUAUUGCAUGCGCUUUCAAACGAACUUGUCGAAUUUGAACCCACGAAACCUUUGCUAGGAAGUACAGACAAUUUUAGAUGGUUUUGCAAGCUAUCGGGUGCAGAACAAGCGACGAUUCACGGUGAUUUGGUCGAACUGUACUUGAAACUUUCACCGGAAGAACAAUUGGCAGUGAUCACAGAUGAGCUAGGCCAGAUCAAAAUGUCGAUUCAAUCAGCAUUGACCGAGUUCAUGACAACUGACAACACUGACGAGGAUCCUAUUGAUUUGCUGGAAGAUGUAUUGCAGUCUUUUGAAAACUUUAAAUAG